ACGAUUAUCUGGUCGAGUGGUUCGUCUGGGAUGUAUUCGGGGCUUCCAUAAUGGUUUUACGUCUAAUUAUGGAUGGUUUAAGGGUGGUUUUUGCCUGUUGAUGAAGAGAUGAACAAGUUCUACUUCUGCUGUGGAACCAAAGGAGGAAGGAAGGAAGAAUGCCUGGUGGCCCUGGAUCCAGACACUUAUUUAAUGGCAGAUCGAAACCACAGGUUGUGAGCGGAUAUCAGGUUGCAGAACGCCAUUUGCAGAGUUUUGAAGUUUGCUGCCAGAGAGGUCAGAUUGGAAAAGCUUUUUCCCAUCUCUCUCUUGCUCUCUGCAUUUUACCACAUAUCAAGGAGCAGUAUUAUUCAAGAUACUUGGAUAUCUUUGAAAGGUGGAGUGCAACUGUCGAGGAGAAUAAUGGGUUUCAGCAGGCAAUGACAAUAUUUGAGGUUGCACUCACUCGCUAUCCAGAGUCACCAGACAUCCAUCACCUCCUGGCUAAGACCCUCUACAGAAAUGGAAACAUUCAUGAAGCCUGGAACUAUGCUGUCAUGGCUCAGAAAGCUUGCACUCAUGAUCCGAAUGCCCAAGAAACUCGAGCUCGUCUGACUAAUGCACUUGUUGACCGCUGGCACCUGCCCAUGCUUAAUGAUGUCAACAGAAAUAGUGUGUUCAAGCGUGCAAUUGAGGCCGCAGUCAACCAGGGGCAUGAAGUGGUAUUGGACAUAGGAUCAGGCACUGGCUUACUCAGCAUGUAUGCGAAACAGGCAGGUGCCAGAAUGGUAUAUGCUUGUGAAAUGGACAGGUUUAUGUGUGAAAUGUCAGGUGACAUUCUCCAGGCUAAUUUUGACUUGCCAGACAUUCAAGUCCUUAGCCAUCAUAGUAACAAUCUGGCCAUUCCAACUCAUAUUCCAGAAAGGGUCAGUCUAGUUGUGAGUGAGACUGUGGAUGCUGGACUGCUGGGAGAGCAUAUUCUCCCAACACUACAGUAUGCAUGGCAAAAUCUCCUUCUGCCACCACUGCCAGCAUCAGAGCUCUCUCCUCAGGCAGAGCAGCCAAGCUCCACUCAUGGGUCUGGUAUUACAAAUCAAUCUGAAAGAGUUACAUGUCCAUCACCAGCUCUCUUUGGCAAAGUUAUACCCCAGAAAGCAGAGGUGUAUAUUGCACUUAUUAGCUGUGAUUAUAUAUCUAGACAAACAAAACUGAGAAACCCAAACUUACCCUUCUUCAAAGGCAAGAGAGUGUCUGUAAAGCAUGAAGAACCUUAUAUGUCAGAGAAGUUGUCUCAGAUGCCAGGAGGAUUCACAUUGUUAUCCAACUGGAUUCCCAUAACAAGCAUUAACUUCAAUUCUCUUGAGGAUAUUGAAAGGCAUAUGAGUGGAGACCUAGACCGAACUCUUGAAAUCCCUUGCAUAAAGAGUGGAGUACCUGAUGCUAUUGUCUUGGCUUUUGAUUUAUACUUAAAUGAAGAAGAGUUCAUAAGUACUAAUCCAGAAACAUGUACAACCCUAUGGGAAAAUGCUGUAUAUCCAGUAAAAGAUUUACCAAAGGUUACAGCCAGUGAGGUGGUUGAAAUAAAGUUCAUUUGCAAUGGUAUUAUACAGUUAUCAGUAUCUUGUGAAAAUUCAAAUGAAGAUGACUAUGUAAACCUAAGUGCUGAAACUCUAAUGUUUCUAAACAGUGAAUGCACAAUUGAUGCAUUUUUAUCUGCAGCUAAGCAAGCAUCAGUCAUCUUAAAGAAGCAAUCAAAGGCCAGAGCACCUGAUCCAUUUAUUGUGUGUGAUACAGCUCCUUUCCCAAUAGCUGGCCUUUCCUUGCAGUCAGAGUUUCCCAACUGUAAACUAUACAUAGAAGAGGAGAGUGUCCAGAAGACACUUAAAGAAUUUAAUAUUGAUGCUAAUUUAUGUGAAGAUCUUGAAGAUGAAGUAGACGUUCUUUUCAUCUGGCCUGUGACAAAAGAUGGCACUCUGAAAGAUGGACUAAUAAAGAAGCUCCUUAUGUACAGAUUAAUGAUGGCAGAGAGUUGCUAUGUGUUCCCACAAACAUUGGAUCUGGCAAUAGGUCUCAUCAACUCUCCAACACUUGGAUCCAUGACAAGAGUAGAUGACUCCAACACCUGUGGCAUUAAGAUAGCGGAUGUCUUCAAUAUUGUCAAGGUAAGUCAGCACAAGACAACAUGUUUAUUUAAAGCAGUAGCAACAGCAUUAGAACAUGCAGUAUACGUGAUGGACUUUCUUUCACUCACGCUCUAUUUUUUUGCAAUUUAUGAAGAUGCUGCUGGUAAUUGGUCAUUUGAGAAAUACUUAAUGUAUGAAGUUGUGACUGAGAAAAGAUUUUCAGUCUGCCAUUUGUUUAGUGAAGGAUAAUUAUAUUAUCACAUGAUAAUAUUUCCAUAACAUGUAGUGCUUUAAUGAAGAGUACUCACCCAAGGUCUGUUUCUCAGAAGAAGUUAUCUUUGUACAUUGUUUUCAAGUAAAAAAGUCGGUAAAGAUUGGGGGGAGGUGGGGAGACAGAAGAAAAGGAAGGGAUAUUGUGUUGUAGACAUAAAGUAAUAAGUACACAAGUUCAACAAAAAAUGGCUAUUUUGGUCAGAAGCUCUAUACUGUGUGAACAAAGUACAACUGCACCUGCAAGAGUUCUAUACAGCUCAUAUGUUGGUGUAUAAGGUGUUCCCUCUUUUGUAUACUCUUGCCAUAAAGUCACCAGGGCAAAAUUUAUAUUCAUAUGAGCAGUAAAAUAUUGCUCUGUGGAACAUUUGAAGGUGUUUUAAAUCAACUGAAGGCAUGCUAGUGAGAAUGCCUUCAGAAAGGAACCCAUUCUUGAAAAAAGUAUAAAAUGCAGUGAUCAGCUAGUUUGUCUACACUGGUAUGCAAUCCUCUAUAAUUAGUCAACUGUAGGUUAGUAUCAGAGUGAAGAUGUACACUUUGAUAAAAGAAAGACAUUUUAACAAGAAUAUUAAUCAACUUCAUUUUUACUGUGUUUUGAAGUAUUCUAUGUAUUUAGAAUUUUAGCACAUUAUAAAACAACAAUGAAGCUUUACUUAUUGCUAAAUGAGAUACAAUACCAGAUUAUUUUCAAGGAAGUAGACGAACACACUGUGGGAUUCGGAAUUCACCAACUAAAGAAAAUGAAUUUGAUUGCCAAGGUUUCCUCUUUUUCCGUCUUUCACCCAUUUUGAUUUUCAUGAGAACAUCAACAUUUUUAAUAUGGUCUUAUAAAUCUCAUGCAGUGCUGAUAUAAUAUGAGGUAAUAGGAUAUAAUAACUCAAAUUGCAGUGACUGUAACAUGAGAAAUCCCAUAAGCAAAUAAAUCUCUGAAUAAGUACUUGCAUCUUGAUUCCUUUGUUUUUAUAUCAGACCCUCACUGUUUUAAUUUCUAGCAGACAUUGCCUUUUGUGAGUAACUAUAUAUUCAGAAUGAAUUUUUUUCUGUUACAGCAGGUCAUAAAAAGGUACCAAAAAGCAACAGUACUUAUUAUUGAUAAUAGUAUUGUCAUUGAAACUAAUUAUAGUGAAAAUAUGCAUGUCAAAAUCAGGAAAUAGAUGGAGAGAAAGAGUUUAGUGCUAAACUGACCACUUUAGUAACUUGAAAGUAGAAAGAGUAUCUGGAGGAAGUUGCUGUUUUUUAACUGGAUUAUCAUACAGUAAAGUUAUUCAGAACUGAAUCAUACAUACAUACAUUCAUUACAGUGUGUUUGUUCACAUGCUUAAUCCAAUGAUGGCAGGAAAAUGUAGUGUUCACUGUGGAUAUGUUCUGUGAAAUGUCUUUAUACAUAGAUGGCUCUACAAGGGCUCAGCCACCAUGGGGUCAAGUAGUAGACCUCGUAAGCUCACCUGAUUUCACC